AUGAAAGCUCCCAUUCCACUCCAGAUCCUUCUCUACGCGACCGUCAUCAGAAGCGUGAAAGUGGUGUCCAAAAGAGGUUCAGUGGAUGGCUGCACAGAUUGGUCAGUGGACUACUUGAAGUACAAAGUGCUCCUGGGGGAACCAGUACGGAUUAAAUGUGCUUUAUUUUAUGGAUAUAUCCGUGCAAACUACACACAUGCCCAGAGCGCUGGACUCAGUUUGAUGUGGUACAGAAGUACAGGGCAUGGAGACUUUGAGGAGCCCAUUUCUUUUGAUGGCAUCAGAAUGAGCAAAGAGGAAGACUCCAUAUGGUUCCGACCCGCUGAGUUACAAGAUAUCGGACACUAUUCGUGUGUGCUGAGAAAUUCCACAUAUUGUAUGAAAGUGUCCAUGUCAUUGACAGUGGCAGAAAAUGACUCAGACCUUUGCUACAACUCCAAAAUGAGAUACUUCGAAAAGGCAGAAUUAAGCAAAAGCAAGGAGAUCAUCUGCCCAGACAUAGAUGACUACAUCCAACCAGGCAAGGACCCAGAGAUCGUGUGGUACAAGGAAUGCAAGUCUAAACAGUGGAGGCAAAGCAUCAUCAGGAGGAAAGACACUCUCUCCAUCCGGGAAGUGAGGGAAGAUGACAUAGGAAAUUAUACAUGUGAAUUACAGUUUGGAAGCUUUGUGGUGCGGAGAACCACUGAACUGUCUGUUACAGCCCCUUUGACAGACAAGCCUCCAAAGAUCCUCUUUCCAUCAGAGAACAAAAUGAAUAUUAUGGAAAUGCAGCUAGGCAGUCCCGUGAACCUUACCUGUCGAGCGUUCUUCGGUUACAGUGGAGAUGUGAGUCCACUCAUCUACUGGAUGAAAGGGGAAAAAUUCAUCGAGGAUCUGGACGAGAGUCGGAUCAGGGAGAGUGAUAUAAAAACCAUCCGGGAGCACCUGGGGGAACAGGAGGUGUCAAUCUCCCUAACGAUAGAUGCUGUGGAGGAGGGUGAUCUGGGUAAUUACUCCUGCUAUGUGGAAAAUGGCAAUGGCAGGCGACAAGCCAACAUCCAGCUCACUAAACGGGAGCUAAUGUACACUGUGGAGUUAGCUGGCGGCUUGGGGGCUAUCCUGCUACUGUUGGUCUUUCUGGUCACUCUGUACAAGUGCUACAAGAUUGAGCUCAUGCUCUUCUAUAGAAAUCACUUUGGGAGCGAGGAUGUGGAUGGAGAAAACAAGGACUAUGACGCCUACUUGUCCUAUACCAAAGUGGACCCAGAUCAAUGGAGUCAGGAGACCAGAGAGGAGGAGCGAUUUGCGCUUGAAAUUCUCCCAGAUGUCUUGGAAAAGCAUUAUGGGUAUAAACUCUUCAUUCCAGACAGGGACUUGAUCCCAACAGGAACUUACAUUGAGGAUGUUGCGCGUUGUGUGGAUCAGAGCAAGCGUCUCAUUAUCGUCAUGACACCCAACUACGUAGUACGGCGCGGUUGGAGCAUCUUUGAGCUGGAGACGCGGCUGCGGAACAUGCUGGUGACGGGCGAGAUUAAGGUGAUCCUGAUUGAGUGCGCUGAACUGCGCGGCAUUAUGAACUACCAGGAGGUGGAGGCACUCAAACACACCAUCAAAAUGCUUACUGUCAUCAAGUGGAAAGGCCCCAAGAGCAACAAACUCAACUCCAAGUUCUGGAAACACUUGCAGUACGAGAUGCCCUUCAAACGCCUAGAGCCUAUCAUCUCCCAUGAGCAAGUGCUUGAUGUUAGUGAGCAGGGCCCCUUUGGCGAGCUCCAGACCGUCUCCGCAAUCUCCAUGGCAGCGGCCACCUCCACCGCCAUGGCAACCGCCCACCCUGAUCUGCGCUCCACCUUCCACAACACCUACCACACCCAAAUGCGGCAGAAACAUUACUACCGUAGCUACGAAUACGAUAUCCCUCCAUCUGGCACGCUGCCCCCGCUGUCCUCGCUGGGCAACCAGCACACCUAUUGCAACAUCCCCAUGACUCUCAUCAACGGCCAGAGGCCGCAGGCAAAGUCCCCACGUGAACAGAGCCUAGAGGAGGCUCACGCCAACAAUGCCAUGCUCCCACUGUUGCCACGGGAGACCAGCAUCUCCAGCGUCAUCUGGUGA